AUGGAUGAAAGACGGUUUAAGUGCACUCAUCCUGGGUGCUCAAAGUCUUUCAAUAGACGCGACUACUUGAUACGACACUCUGCAAAUCAUUUGGAUAUCAAGCCUCAUGAGUGUCCUCAAUGCCCACAAAGAUUUGCUCGAGCAGAUCUUUUAGAAAAGCACUUGAAUACUAAAUCACACGAAAAGAGAAAACGGCGUGAAGAAAAGCUCCAGCAGCAACAACAGCAGCAGCAGCAACAGCAUGAUAACCAACCCAAGCGAACAAAAAUUGAAGAGUGGAGAGAGUAUGACAAUGAUUUGAGUCUUAAAAGUUGUUCAAACAGUGAGACAGCUCAAAGCUCUAAUUAUUCUAAUGAAGCUGCUGCUGCUGCUGGAGAUAGUCUAUCGCAUAAAAUGGCUCUUCCAUCCGCUUUAGGAAACAAUUACUUUACAACACAGCAGCAAAUGUCUGGAUAUACUAGAGAAAAUAUGAUUGCAACAAACGGCAUUAUUUCGCCUCCCCAAACCUCUCCUACAAUCAAACAGGAAAGAAAUACAAGCAGCACUAAAGCUUCACCCAGUGUAGUAAUUUCACGCGAAUGUACCUCUGCAAUUCCAAACACACAAGACCCAUCUCUAAACAUUACUUCCCGUACAUCAUCCAGCUACGGUUAUGCAUCGGUCAAUGUGUCUGUAGCAGCACCUUCGCUUAGUACCGUUUCUACUAAUUCACAUUUGGCUCAAGGUCCUUCAGCAGCUGUGUAUACUAAUGGAUUAAUACCCUCAGGGAACUUUAAUGAGUGUAUGGUUGUUCCGCCUCCAAGUGCCGUUCCCCCUUCUACUACCAAGCAAUUUACAAAUUCCUGCAACCAGGCUAUUUCACACACUCCCCAGCAACAGAAACAGCAGCAGCAACAACAACAACAACAACAACAACAACAACAACAACAACAACCGCCUCUUCCUCAGCAGCAGCAGCAACAGCAGCAACAGCAGCAGCAGCAACAGCAGCAACAGCAGCAACAGCAGCAACAACCGCAACAACCGCAACAGGUCCAGCAAGUUCCACAGGGAAACUCUCAAAGUACCAACUCUUCUCCUCUUUCGCAGCUUCUUUCAACUCAUAAUCUUUCAUACCAAAACAUUGACAUGAAUCUUUCCAACAAUUAUGCGUGGCUUUUUGGGAAUGACUUUUGGAGUAAUGUUGCGGACUCUUCUCGAGGUGCUAUUAAUGCUUCUGGGUUAGUGUCUCAAGAAUCAAAUUUUGUUAGUAAUAAGCACAUGCCUGUACGCAAUAAUCCUGGUACCCAAACAACACCUACACCGGUCAACAUGACUCCAGGUGUUGGGUUUAACAAUGUCACACGCAAGGAACGCAAUAUUAAUACUAUGUUUCAAGAUCCUCGGUCGUCUUCUCGGGGGAUGGUAUGUGAAAUGGACUACCUUAUGGGGGUUCCUGAAGGCUCUUCUUCGCAAUUUACAACUUCUAUGGUUCAUCCCUCUGUCAAUGUGCGUGCAAACUUUACCAAUAAUGCGUUUUAUGAACAAAUUAUGACUCCGGAGCUGGCACCAGGGUAUCAUCAAAACUUUAAUGGAAAUAAUAAUGGUCAGAUUCAUUUGCCAUCACAGGAUGUAACAACACAGACCAACCCUGUUGUGAAUCAAGAAGAUGGACAAAUUUAUCAGCAACAAAAUCCAGUCACACAAGCUUGGGAAAUACAGAAUCAACAGCCUAUUAAUACAGUUUCUAUUCCACAGCACCAACAUCAACAGAUUCCAGUGUCUCAAUUUCAAAACCAAAACUUGGAUACCUCUCAACGGAAAUCUAUUGGUCAUAUAAGCAAUAUUAUCCCAAUGCCGUUCCAAAAUCAAAAUGCUGUUGAGUAUAAUGAAAACCAGUUUUCUCAACAGCACUUGAUACAUCCUAUAAACGAACAACCUUUGGGGCAUGACCAUCAACAAUAUCAGCAGCAGCAACAACAUAAACAACAAUAUCAACCCCAACAUCAACUUCAACAUCAACUUCAACAUCAACUUCAACAUCAACAUCAACAUCAACAUCAACAUCAACAUCAACAUCAACAUCAACAUCAACAUCAACAUCAACAUCAACAUCAACAUCAACAUCAACAUCAACAUCAACAUCAACAUCAACAUCAACAUCAACAUCAACAUCAACAUCAACAUCAACAUCAACUUCAACUUCAACAUCCACACCAACCCAAACUACAACCACAACCACAACAACCGUUAGCUCCACCACCACCGCCACCAGAGCCUCUUCCUAAGUAUUAUUCUAUUGUUUCUAAAGAAAUGGAAGAAAAGGUAUUUGAAGUGCUUAAGAUUGUUCCUCAACUUGAAGAAAAACGGAAUCUGCUUGGACACAAGGAGUUGUCAUCUUAUCUGGAUCUUUAUUGGAAUUUUUUUGAUAUUUUGUAUCCCAUUAUUCACAAAGGCACGUUUAAUGCUUCAACGUGUGCGCCGGAGCUUAUUGUUGCAAUGGCUACUAUUGGAAUGUCUUACGCGCCAAGUAACGAUGUUUAUAAUCUUGCAAUUGAAAUCCAUCGAAAGUUUAGAAACAUAUUACUCAUCAUGGUGGAUGAUCAUCCACAGGUACCCUUGUGGGUGCACCAAAGUUUGCUGCUCACCAAUUACUUUGUAAAGAUGCUUGGUUCUCGGAACCAGCACGCCAUGUCACAAAUGUUUCACGGAACUAAUAUUGCUCUUCUUAAACUGUCUGGAUAUCUUAGUGAUUUAAAGGAGCCCACACCAAUGUUAGAAAAUAUGAAUCCAGAAAAUUAUUGGAAAGAAUGGGUCGACUAUGAAAGCAGGAAAAGGACUUCCUUUUUUGCAUUCAUUUGUGAUACCCAGCAUGCAACAUUAUUUCAUCAUACUCAAGGUAUUUCAGUUUUUGAAAUUAAUUUAGAGCUGCCGUGCACAGAUGCUUGUUGGGGCGCAGGCAGUGCCAAGGUGUUUUGGGAGAUCUACAAGGGUCAGCCACGACAGGUUCAACCUCGGCCGCCGCCUGAUUGGCAAGAUUUGGCCAUUUACUCUGGACUUGUGAAUAGUGGGAAUCAAGGUAGAGAGAAUCAAGGAUCAUCAGGAGGUAACCACAGUGGUACUAGUGGGAAUGGUGGUGGUAAUAGUAACUCAACUUCAUCAUCACAUAAGGUACUUCUUUCGUCAGGAAUCCGUGGCGAAGGAACCUGGCCCAGCUUUUUGUUUUCAAUUCGUCGGUUAAUGUCUCCAUACCGGGAGAGCCAAAAGGAAUAUUCUUUGGAUUGUUUUUCACAGUUUUCGCGAUUUAUUUUGCUACAUGGCCUACUAAGCAUUUGCUGGGAUAGUCAGUGGCGUGGCUUGUUAGAUAUGGGUAUUGUGUCAAAACGACGCAUGAGUGAGUUUCGGUUGAGGCUUGUUCAAGCAAUUGCAAGUUGGCGUGAAUAUUUUGACCGGCAGUUGAAGGAACUUAAUACUCCAGAUUUUAAUCUGCUCUUGUCAUUGAAUGGUGAGCAGUCAUACCGACGGCGGAAGCCAGAUAAUGAUGAUGAAACUAAGAAUAUGAGUGCGGCUGUAUUGAGUAGACACCAGUACCAGCCCAACUUCCCGCCAACAUCUGGGUCAUUUAUGCAGCAGGUUCAUGGUAACAAUAGUAAUAGAAAUAGCACUAGCAGCAGCAGCAGCAGCAGCAGUAGCAGUAGCAAUAAUGGAGUCCAGCCAACAGUGACACCUCAUCUCAACUAUUAUGGGAACUCACCGUUGCUAUGUGCCAAUUGGUCGUUGUACAAUUUUGGGCUAAUUGCAUUGUACUCAGAUACAUCAUCGCUGAGGACGUUUGCGGAAGGGUUGUCUUCUUUGAAUCCUUCUGGUGAAGAAAAUAAUUAUUUGGGGACAUUUCCGACAUUAAAUUUUCUUGGUGGAAUUCAGCCGGCAGAUGUUGUUGCACAAACAAGUCUUGCACGGCAACGGGCGGUUGCGCGGUCGCUGGAGCAGCUCAAGGCGCAAAAGGUGAUUUAUAGCUGGGCUGCAUCUGAGGAUGCCAAGUGGGCGGUAUGGCAUUCUGCACAUUUCCUGGCUAAAGUAUUUGGGAAUGAUGCAUUGAUGAGUCAGGCUGACCAUAUGCCAUGGUGCGUUUAUAUAGCGACGCUUUCAUUGUGGGCCUUUGAAGUGUCGCGGGCGGCACAAUCGCAUGAUGAACUCAAGUCGAGUCAGUACAUUUUGAACAAUGAGGAGAUUCAACGACAGAGAGAAGUUGAAGCUAGAGAGAAGAGUACUAAGGAUGGGUUAUCACAUUCUGGAACUAAAAAACAAAAAAAACGAGGAGGACGUUCAGGGAAGAACAAUGAUAGUAAUGAGGGUGUUUCUAUUAGGCGAGACGAGACAAUAGUAUCUUCAAUAUCAGCAUCUGCUUUGUCUCAGUCUUCAUCACAAUCAUCUGAAUCACAGGGCGCAUUUUCUCCUCUUGAAAAUGGUAAGGAUGAUGGUUAUCAUGAAUCUUCACUGGCUACUAAUGGGUCUAUUCCAGCUUAUAUAAGGUAUCGAUUUGAGAUUGAUAUUGAGCGGGCCAAGCGGGAUGCUUUGGAGUAUGUUGGGAUGGUACAGAGAUUUCCACCCAAGUCGAUGCAGACCACACCUACCGCCAGCGAAGAUCAACAAGCUGAGUUUCAAAUGGCUAGCGGAUGUUCUGGAAUUGGAACUGGAACUGGAACUGGAACUGGAGGUAUUGGAGGGACGGGAUCGGUUGAGAUGCUGGAGAAGCGGGAAUCGUUGGUGAUGGGACUUGUUGCAUAUGUUUAUGCUCUAUUUGGCAAGUAUGAUCGAGGAUUGAAUACAAAUGCGAUUCCGCUGCUCCACAGUCUAUUGGAUCGGUACAAUAUAGCACGAUGA